GAUGUGUUUGAAGUAUUUGGGCUAAUUUAUUCAAUAAUGUCAGCAUAGUUUUGAGAUUGAUGCAAGAGCUGCCUUAUUAUAUUUAGAAAAUUUAGUAAUGAAAUCAAUUUGUAUUAUAAAUAAUUAGAAUGGGAAAAAGACAAAUAAAAAAAAUAAAAUUCAAAAAAUAAUUUAAAAUGUAAAUAAAAAGUACCUUUGAAAUAAUAUCAAAUUAAGAAAUUUUAAGCUUCAAAAUAACAUAAUGAAAAACAUUAGGAAAGGAAUGAUGUAAUGAAAGUUUAAAUUUAAAAGAAGA